AUGGAGAGUUCAGAAGACGAUGCGGGCACCGCAACAAAUGCUUCCCGCCGCGAUUCGGCGCGGGAAAAAGAGAUCGGACGCCUUGAAGACGUCGAAGCAACUAGUAGUUAUCUACAAGACUCAACUGAAGCCAGGACGUCGUGUCAAACCCCCGCGAUGUCCGAGGAUAAUUUCGAUGGCGACAGCGUACCUUCGCCGUCUGCCCAAUAUGUCAACACCAGCACUGAGGCGAUUUUGGACAUGAUAGAUGAAAUCGUAGACGGGCCUGGCGCUCCAAAACGACUACCUUUGUUGUUGGAUACGGACGCUGAAUCUGCAGUGUGUAGUUCCGAACAUCAAAACAUCGAAUCGGCGGGUUUACAAAAACCUGAGGAUAGAUUUAUAAAAUCAGAAUCUGUCAACCCUCCUAUUAGUGAUAUCCAUCAAUCUAAUAGUGUGGAAAGUAACGAUAAGUGUACAGAAAUCCCUUUAAGUGUUGAAAUUAGUGUAAAAUCUGAAUCAGAUUCUAUCCCCUGUGUAUCUGUUGUUACUUCUAAUGUUGAUAGUGUAAACAACAGCAAAUUGAGUGCUACACAAGCAACAAUUAGUGAAUAUCCUCAAUCAGAACCUAAAAUCUGUGUGUCCAGUGACUAUGGUGAUAGUACUUGCAUUCAAAGAGACAUUGGUGUAAAUUCUGAUGAACAGAAGACAGUAAAAGUUCACAUAAUGACUUUCAAGCUACUUAUGAAAAUGUUGAGGUUCAAAGUGUCCCUAUUUGUACUGAAAGUGAUAUGA